AUGACUUCUCCGGCCGCCGACCUCUCGGCGAAAUUGAAUGCCCCGGUCAAGAAAUCUGUCUUCGAGCGCCAGAAGGCAGAGGCAGAAGCGAAGAAGGCAAGGGAACAAGCGGAGACGGCCGCCGUGCUUGAGGAUUUUGUUAAGAGCUUUGACGAUGAAGGAGAUUCAUCCAGCUUCCCUUCCAGAAGGACUGGUCAUGGCGGCGGCGGGCCUAUGAACAGCAACUACGGUCCAGGACCGGGCAAAAGGCACUUCACAAGUUCUGGAUUGAAGAGCGGCCCCGGCAGUCUAGGACCAGUACCGUCCAAACCAAGGAGCGGACCGGGCAGCCUUGGAUCGGGGCCAAGUUAUGGCAAGAAGAGACCCUAUGAUGACUUUUCGAGCGGCGGCCCCAGGGGCCCUGAGCGCGACCGGCGAGACAAAAAUGAGAGGGAUCGAAUGUUUUCCCCAGAUACCGACGAUACACCCUCGAACGGCCGACGCGACACCACAGGUGCAGCCUUUGGCCGGCUAGACGAGGAGAGCAGCCGUGAUGCAGAGGAACUGAAGGCGGCAGCGAAGCCAACAUUACAUUUAUCAUCUCUUCCACCUGGAACUUCGCCGGCAGUGGUCAAAUCGCUGUUCGCUCCAUCCCCGUUGACGGUCGACAAUGUGCGCAUUCUCCCUCCUAGUACGCCGGGCUCGAGCACCGAGCGCAAGUCGAUUUCUGCAAUCGUCACACUUGCUGCUGAGACGCCCGCCACGGAUAUCGACACCAUGGUCUCGCAUUUACAGAACAAGUAUCUGGGAUUCGGCUUCUAUCUUUCGAUAUCCCGAUACCUCUCGUCCGCAGCCCUGUCUGGAGCCACCCCCACGUCACUGGUAGGCAGCAGCGGCACGAAGCCAUCGGCGAACUUGAAGAAUCAAAACCUCCCAUUUGGCGCCAGGCCGGUGCCGCACCAACACUCGUCUCUUUCUCGUGCCCCUCCCCCCGAACAUGGUGGGCGAGGAGGUCGAUUCGCACCACCCUCCUCGUACACAUCGUCCACUCCUUACGGAUCGUCCAGGUCAUCCAAUGCCCCUCGAACUCAGAUCACGGUACAGACUCCCAACGACCUCAAACAGCUGCGUUUGAUCCACAAGACCGUGGAAGCCCUGUUGACAUUCGGCCCGGAGUUCGAGGCCCUUCUGAUGUCCCGGCCGGAAAUCCAGCGGGACGAACAGUGGGCAUGGCUUUGGGACUCUCGCUCAACAGGCGGGGUAUACUAUCGAUGGAAACUCUGGGAGAUCUUGACGAAUUUCAAGUCGCGAAAGCAUCGCUAUGCUGCAAGCGGCUACGGCUACAACUCCCGACCGCAAGGCGAUGUUCUUUUCGAGGGUCAAAGCGUCUGGAUCCCGCCGGAGGACAACCUCAAAUUCGAAUAUGUGACCAAAGUCGAAGAUCUAGUCAGUGAUGACGACUACAACUCGUCAGACGAAGAAGACAUGGACGACGGCGGUGGUGGCGGUGGUGGCCUGGCGAACCGAUAUCGUGACCACCAGAAAGUCACUGGCAUAACAGAUUCUGGUCCAGAUAAUGAUGGAAUGGGCUACCUGAACCCAUUGGCAAAGACCAAACUGGUGCAUCUCCUAAGUCGACUACCAGACUCGAAUGCCAAACUCCGCAAAGGUGACGUGGCGCGGGUGACGGGGUUUGCUAUCGAACAUGCCGGAGCCGGCGCGGAGGAAGUUGCUGCAUUGGUCACGCGCAACGUGGUCAACCCGUUUUGUUACAGUAUUAAGAAAAACAAAAACAAAAGCAGAAGCAGAAGCAGAAGCAGGACCGGCUCUCAGACUCCUCCUGCAGCCUCAGACGACGACAGCAAGGACCGAGAAGGAGACUCCGAGAACAAAAACAAAUCGAACGCAAAGGACAACUCUCCCUCCGAUUCUUCUCCUGUAGAUACCACUCCAGCUUCCCUCGUCGGCUUAUACAUAAUAAGCGACAUCCUAUCGUCCUCGGCAUCCGCCGGCGUCCGCCACGCAUGGCGCUACCGCUCCCUCUUCGAGACCCAACUACGUGUGCAAAACGUGUUUCCCAUCCUCGGUCGCGCCGCCCGGCAACUCAACUGGGGAAAACUGAAAGAAGACAAAUGGCGCCGUAGCAUUCAGAGCAUUUUAGCCCUUUGGGAAGGGUGGUGUGUGUUUCCGGGUCCGAGUCAUGAUGCUUUUGUGGAUGGGUUUCUUCAUCCGCCGCUCACGGAAAAGGAACUCGAGGAGAAAGAAGCCAGAGAAAAAGCAGAAGCCGAAGAAGAGAAAAGAGCAGAUAAGGAACGGGAAAGGGAAAAGGCUGCAAGUCGCUGGAGGACCGUUACUGUCGACGCCGAGCAACGGGACCACGACUCCGGCUACGCACUGCCGCAGUCAAUCAGCAAUAACAACACACACAGCCAGGAUCACGAUGGUGAUGUCAAUAUGGAGGACACCAACGUCGACGGAAAGCCCAUGGCCGAUGAUGAAGAAUACAAUGACGCCGACGAUGAUGACGAUGACAGGCCUACCAGUGACGCUGACCUCGAUGGUGUCCCCAUGGUCGAUAGCAGCGAUGAGGAACAAGAACAAGAGGAAGACGGACCAUCGUCACAUUCACAUCCCGAGGGAGUCACGCCGCAGCAGCAUGCAUCAUCUUCAUCUGGCGAGCCUCAGCCGCCGACGACUACUACUACGACUUCUACCAGUGUGCCGCAUGAAACACCAGAAGCUGUCACAGGAGCAUCCGCAGCGGCGUCCGCGCCUGAGCGUACCGUUGAAGGGGACGACAACACUGUAUCAGGCACCAAGGCACACCUUGAAGUACCCUCCUCAUCAGCCGCCUCACAAGGCCGCGCUGGCAGGGCUCGUCCUAGGGCCGUAGACUUUGAUGACAUGUUUGAGUAA